AUGGAAACGGAGGGUCUUGUAGCCCGAGAGCACCUUGACACGGUAUCCCAUCAUACUCGGCUUGUGCAGCGUCGGCUGCCGGUUAAACACCACGCGGUCACCAUCAAGAAUGUGACGGUAGACGAUCAGCGUAACACCGCUCUGCGCCAUGGCAAAGUACUUUGCCGCGUGCUGCCGUCGCGUCUGCUCCGGCACAUCGAGGUCGAUGAAGCGAAUCUCGCCGUUGGCGUGUCGUAUUUCGAGGUGCGUGGCACCGGGGUAGCGAUGCAGGCCAUUGACGACGCAUCGCUUCAGAAGAUUCAUGCGUGCCGGCGCAAAGCACGUCACCUGCUCCGGGAAAGACAGACUGCGGGAGAAAGGGCGGGGCAGCAGCACCUCGUUUGGCUCCACCAGUGGGUCAGGUGA